GUGCCCGGUUAAGCGGCGGGUGGGGGGGGCGGCGGGAGCGCGCGGCGGCGGCGGUGGGGUCUGAGCGCGGCCCCCAUGGAGCUGCUGCGGAAAUGGCUGGGCCACCCCGAGGACAUCUACAACCUGCUGCGCUUCAAGAUGGGCGGCUACCGCGCCGUCAUGCCGCGGAUGGACACGGACUCGCUGGGAUGCGGCCUCCGCACCUGCUACCGCUACCUCAACCAGACCAGCCGCAGCUUCGCCGCCGUCAUCCAGGCUCUGGACGGAGAGCUGCGACAUGCAGUCUGUAUAUUCUACCUAGUUCUCCGUGCCCUGGACACUGUAGAGGAUGACAUGAGCAUCCCCUUGGAUGUCAAGGUGCCCAUGCUGCACGAGUUCCACUCCCAUCUCUACCAGCCAGACUGGAAGUACACCGAGAGCAAGGAGAAGGACCGGCAGGUGCUGGAAGAUUUCCCCACGAUCUCCAUGGAGUUCAGAAACCUGUCCAAGGUCUACCAGGAUGUGAUUUCAGAUAUUUGCCACAAGAUGGGUGUUGGGAUGGCAGAGUUCUUGGAAAAAAAGGUGGAUUCUCAGCAUGAGUGGGAUAAGUAUUGUCACUACGUUGCUGGGCUGGUGGGGAUUGGCCUUUCCCGGCUCUUCUCUGCAUCAGAGCUGGAAGAUUCCAUCGUGGGGCAGGACACAGAUCUGGCAAACUCCAUGGGCCUCUUCCUACAGAAAACCAACAUCAUCCGUGAUUAUCUGGAGGACCAGCUGGAGGGAAGGGAGUUCUGGCCCAGAGAGGUUUGGAGCAGGUAUGCCAAGAAGCUCUCAGACCUUGCCAAGCCCGAGAACAUCGACGUGGCCGUGCAGUGCCUCAAUGAGCUCAUCACCAACGCCCUGCACCACGUCCCUGACGUCCUCACCUACCUGUCCCGCCUCAAAAACCAAAGUGUCUUCAACUUCUGUGCUAUCCCCCAGGUGAUGGCCAUAGCCACGCUGGCUGCCUGCUACAACAACCAGCAGGUGUUCAGGGGGGUGGUGAAGAUCCGCAAGGGCCAGGCUGUCACCCUCAUGAUGGAUGCCACCAACAUACAAGCUGUCAAAGCCAUCAUGUACCAGUAUGUGGAAGAGAUCUACCAGAAGAUCCCGAGCACGGACCCCUCGUCCAACAAGACGCAGCAGGUGAUCGCCUCCAUCCGCGCCCUGAGCCUGCCCAGCAGCCCCAUGGCCUCCCGCCACCACUACUCCCCCAUCUACCUGUCCUGUGCCAUGCUCCUGGCAGCCCUGAGCUGGCAGUACCUCAGCACCCUCUCCAAGGCCACCGAGGAGUACGUGCAGGACAACUGAAGGGGACAGUCCGGGUGGGGGGACACGUGGUGGUGGCAGAUGGGUGGGAGGGACAGGAGGCUCCUGUCCCCUCGCCGUGGGGGUGGCCCAGCCCUGGGCGCUGGGAUGGUGACAGGGAUGGGACACUGGGGAGCUGCAGCCUCAGUGUGACAGUGUGGAACUGCUGGACUCCAUCCUCACCACCCUUGCUGUCUGCUUGGAUGGCUGCAAAUGCUGAUUGGAGUCUUAGUGUUUGGGGUUGAGUAUUUUUUUUUGCCCCCCCAUCUUUCCUGGUUACCUGAAUAUUUUUUGGUGGUUUUUGUUUUUUUGGUGGUUUUUUUUUUUGUUAGGAUGGUUUGAAAUGGAAACUCAAGUUGUUUCUUUUCUUCCUUGAGAUUUGAGGCAUCUCUCCAGCUCAGAACUGAGCAAAACCUUGAGGGUUUUGCCUCCCUUUCUUAGCCUGGGGUGCCUGCUCCGUGCUGGAAGGAUGCUGCUUCCUUCUGCAGGGAAAAAAAUCUCUGGCCAUUUCUGGCCCUCAGUGAUUGACAUCCUGCAGCCUGGAAACAGGCAGAGGCCAUAACCACAUUUCUGUUGUGCUGAAGGAUGCUGAAAUGAGCCCUUUUAAUGUUCAGUAUAUGGGAGGUGAGGUACUCUGUCCACCUGAAUGAGCCCCCAGCUGAGAGACAGCUGUGCAGCUCCCUGCCCAGGGACAGAUGGGCCUCUGCAGGGACACAGCUCUUGUUUCAGCAGGGUUAAAAUGAGGAGGGAGCUGCCAGCACAGCCCUGAGCUCAUAACCCUGACCCCACUGCAGGCUCUGGGCUCUGCACUGACUCAGCCCCAGGGGAUGAGUGAGGGUUGGCACCCUGCUGUCCCUCAUGGGAGGCUUUUUUAGGGGGGCAUUGGUCACCCUGGAGUGCAGGAGUGAUCCCUGCCAUGAGCUGGGAAGGCUGGAGCCACCGAGGGGGUGACCAGGGCAGGAUUCCCUGGCACACUUGGCUCUGGCUUUGGGUCACACUGAUCUGUGAGCUGCAAGAGGCUCCCAGUGCUGUCUUCAGGCUGGACUUAGAGUAGGAAACAACACUCUAAAGGCAAGUCCUGUUCUCCUGGGGUGGAUUGGUGUUUUCAAGGUCCCUACCCACCCCCUUCAAAUGCUGCUUUGCUGUUGUGAAGGGAAGGAGAGCCCAUGUCCUGGUCCAGGACAGAGGUACCAGGUGCAGAGUGUGGCCUUUGCAAGGCCAAGCCCUUGUGGCCAGGCUGUUACUCAGAAGGAGAAGCCCUACUCCACUGUUCCUGGUGUAGAUAGUUCUAAGCUGUUGUUCUAAAGAAACUCGAGGUAGCUCUCUUUGUGCAGCUUCCUGUCUUGUUGAAAUUAAAAGUUUUCUUUGGGAAAAAAAAAAAAAGU